ACACACAGGAUCCCUCGCGGAAGUGACGGCAAGGCGGCGAUGGCGGCUCGCAGUUUCAUUCCGGAUUUCCACUGGACUACAAACUGAUUUUAACCGGGCCGGUUUAGACUUUUUUUGGGGGGGAAGUUUUCCAACGCUGUCUUUCUUCGGACGCCGCACGGAGUCACGCCGCGUUGUUCCGGUGCCUGACAUCGAGCGUCCCGCAGCUUUUUUGCGGGUAUUUUCCGCCUCUUGGGUUCAAGGUGGUCACCCUGUCGAAGCUAGCGGUAGCUCGGCGGCUAAUAGUCGGUAGCUCCUGAGCUGCGUGCUAAGGUCCAGCACGACGUCUUUCCUUUUUUUCUGUUUGUGACCACGUCAACGUUUGUCUCCGACACUUACAAUGAAAACGCACCGUGUCUCAUGUUAAAUUGUGCCACAAGUGUGCAGAGCGAGGUACUCACACGUUUGCUUGGCCUCUUGUUCAUUUGAAUCGGCUAGUUUGGCGGCUGUGCCUACAUUUAUAUAUAUUUAUUAUUAUUUUUUUCUGACUUAGCGGGGAGCUAAACUUCCUCCAGGAAUUGGCUCCAAACAACUUUAGUUGCUACAAAAAGAGUGAGAGUUGAAGUGUGUGUGCCAGGUGUGUGUGUGUGUGUGUGUGGAGGGGGGGUCGUCAACAUGCUGAAGACCCGGCAGUGUUUACUUGGCAUCCGCACUUUCCUCGGCGUCACGUCGAGAAUAUGGGGCUUCAUCAUGUACAUCCUCAGGAAGCACCUACGAACGAUAAUCCAGUAUCAGACGGUGCGAUACGACACUUUGCCUCUGUCGCCCAUCUCCAGAAACAGACUCAAUGCAGUAAAGAGGAAGAUUCUGGUUCUGGACCUGGACGAGACGCUGAUCCACUCUCACCAUGACGGGGUCCUCAGACCCACAGUGAGACCUGGCACGCCGCCAGACUUCAUCCUCAAAGUCGUCAUUGACAAGCACCCAGUCAGAUUCUUCGUACAUAAAAGGCCACAUGUUGACUUCUUUUUGGAAGUGGUGAGCCAGUGGUAUGAGCUGGUGGUUUUUACAGCCAGUAUGGAGAUCUACGGCUCAGCAGUGGCAGACAAGCUGGACAACAACAGGAACAUCCUGAAACGCAGAUACUACAGACAGCAUUGUACAUUGGAUCUAGGUAGUUAUAUUAAAGACCUGUCUGUAGUACACGAUGACCUGUCCAGUAUUGUCAUCCUGGACAACUCGCCUGGUGCUUAUCGUAGCCAUCCAGACAAUGCAAUACCCAUCAAGUCCUGGUUCAGCGACCCUAGUGACACAGCGCUUCUUAACUUGCUGCCUAUGCUGGACGCACUAAGGUUCACUGCUGAUGUUCGCUCCGUCCUCAGUCGAAACCUCCACCAGCACCGGCUCUGGUGAUCGGCUGAAUCGAGAGGGGGGGGGCGAGGCUUGUUGGACCAUCCUCUUCCUCUCUGCCGGCUUCCAUCCUGCCCUCCGUUCCCACACAGACGACCCCACCAGCCCUCUCCGAGCUCUCUCGGUACGUGUCCCGAGGAGACGAGGGUUGGGGUGAACGCCUAACACGGGAUGAACAGUACGGGGGAUCACCAGAGCCCAAAAACUACUGAGGAGGGAGGUGGAGCCAGCUUGUUUUUUUGUUUUUUUUGUUGUUGUUUUUUUUUCUUCUUCUUGAUUCUUUAUUUGUAUUAUUAUUUUUUUUUUCCAAAACAAAACGGAGCCUCUCUGCCUUAUCGCUCCUGAUACUGACUGUGUGCGUAUGAAGGUGAGCUUGUGUACAUGAGUCGGAGUAUGCUUGCUGAGUUCGUUAGUCCCUUUUUAAACUUUUUUGACAAUUGGGAGGGGGGGGAAAGAGGAAGAUCAGCAACGCAACAAAGACUACUCUACAUUAUUAUUUCUUGUUCUUCUUCUUGUUCGCCAUUGCACUUCAGCAGACAACUCAUCGAUUUCACCGUCUUAACCUCUCGGAGCAACUGAGUAGGGGGAAAACAGAAAAAAAAAAGCCCCUUUUUAGAUCGACCUCAAACCCUGACAGUGAUUCAUUCAUUCUUUUUUUUUUCUUCUUCUUCCCCGAACAAGAAUGGAUCAACUUAAAUGGUGUAAUUGAUGGACUUUUGCUUGCAACAUACCAUCCACAGGCAUUUUUUCUGGACAAAUAGCCGAGCAGCCUGACAUUUCCUUCUCUUCUUCUUCUUUUUAUUUUCUUUUUUGUUUUUUUCCAGCCAUAACCGUCACUAUUUCCCCAAAUCUCCUCAUGGGACUCGGUGAUAAAGACAUCUGAAAAGUUGUGAGAGAAAAAAAGAAUGGCUUGUAAAUGAUAUGUGGACUGCCGUGCCGCCUUUCCAUAUCUGAUUGUUUCUCUAUUAUAAUAUAUGAUAAUAUGACUUCUGCAUACCAUGACAUUUGGCUCUCCCCCCUUUUGCCAUUCGACACCAUCCUGAUUUCAUCUAAUAGGACUUGCACUUAAUUUCUAUUUUUAUUCCCCCCUUUCUGUUUUUGUUGCAGUUGGUUUUGUAUUUGGUUCAAAUUUGCAGCCUUUCCCCAUUUUUUUUUUUGUUUGUUUUUUCUCAGUUUUUACCCGCUCCGCUUACUGUAUGGGUUCAACUAUUAGACCCUCCGUCUUUAAAUGCCUUCUGAACAAUGUCAGUCUUGUCAAGGCUCACAGCGGCUUCUUAUUGGCUCUGUCUCCAGGUCUGUGUUACUAAUAAAACACUUGUCAGUAUCGACCAAA